AUGCAGUCCGAAAACAAGUCGGUCCAGGAGGGCCAAGUUUGGCCCUCCAGCUCCAGUUCUGAAGAAGCCUCAGCAGGAGCCCCGGAGGCAGGACAUACCCCCCAUACAAUUGGCUGGGAUGGCAUCGAUGAUCCGGAUAACCCACGAAACUUCACCACCGCCAAAAAGAUCUAUAUCACCGCCAACCUUGCCAUCUUAACCUGCCUCUCUACCUUUGCCUCUUCCAUUCUCAGCCCGGCCAGUCUCCAUCUCAUGACCGAAUUUGGAAUCUCGAAAGAGGUAUCGAUUCUGGCCACUGCGUUGUUCGUGCUGGGCUACGCCUUCGGACCCUUGGCUUUUGGCCCAGCCUCCGAGGUCCUCGGUCGUAAAUAUCCGCUCAGUCUCGGUAUUAUCAUCUUUGGCAUUUUCGCGAUCCCCGUCGCAGUCGCUAAGAAUGUGGCCACCAUAUUCCUCUGUCGAUUCCUUUGUGGCGUGUUUGGGGCAGCCCCGUUAGCAAUCGCAGGAGGAUCCCUGGCCGACCUCUACGACCCGCUCUUUCGCGGCAUCGCCGUGGCAGGAUUCGCCAGCGCGACCUUCCUGGGCCCCGUCCUAGGCCCCCUGGUCGGGGGCUUCGUGACUAUGUCCCCGGACCUCGGCUGGCGCUGGACGCAAUGGCUCGUCGUGAUCCUUAGCCUCUCCUUCAGCCUCCUCUACUUCCUCACCGUCCCCGAGACCUACAGCGCCGUGCUCCUCACGCGACGCGCACAUCAACGCGGCCUCCACGACGCCCUUCCUCCGCGCCCGAAGAUGACCCUCCGGAUGAUCGGGCGCGUGUACAUCUUCAAACCAUUCCUCAUGCUGUCCCAGGAGCCCAUCCUCGCCCUGAUCACUCUGUACAUGGGCUUCAUCUACGGGUUCCUGUACCUGUGCUUCGAGGCCUACCCGAUGACCUUCGAGCAGCAGCGCGGCUGGAACCUGGGCGUCGGGGCGCUGCCUUUCCUGGCCAUCACCGUCGGGGUCCUGGUGGGCGUGGGGAUCAUCAUCGCGCACACCAAGACCCGGAUGCAGCGCAAGCUGCAGCUGCACGGAGAGGAGGUGCCCGAGGAGCGGCUCGUGCCCAUGAUGGUGGGCAGUGUGCUGCUGCCGAUCGGGAUGUUCUGGUUCGCGUGGACGUCCAACCCGCACAUUAUCUGGGUGCCCCAGGUGAUCGCCGGCGGGUUUAUGGGCUGUGGGAUCCUGUUGAUCUUCUUGCAGGGCUUGAAUUACUUGAUCGAUGUCUACAAGAUGAACGCUAACUCCGCCAUCUCGGCUAAUGCCAUGUUUCGCGGUCUGCUGGGCGCAGGGUUUCCUUUGUUUGCUACGUAUAUGUUCGAUAAUCUUGGGGUCCCGUGGGCGAUGUCUCUUCUUGGAUUCCUGUCCACGGCACUCGUGCCCGUCCCGUUUCUGUUCUAUAUUUAUGGGGCUAAGAUUCGGAAGUGGAGCAAGUUUAGUCCAUGCUGA